UGAAACAUCGCAUUGUCAAUACAAAUGACAAUAUUUAAAGCUCCGGUGGGAGACGUCAGAACAUAGUCGUUCAGGGUUUCUCCAGCUACUACCACUUGUUUCAUUUAGUUGUGAAAAAAAAAAAAGAAUCAAGAUGAUGAAAAUUACAAUCUUCUCUUUAGUCAUAAUGACGAUUGUAUGUGCGUUGCCCGAGGACCCUGCAUUGGACCAAGCUCAACCAGUCCAAAUUGUCAAGCAAGACUCUGAAGUUGACGUUAAUGGAUACAAUUUUGAAUUUGAAACAAGUGAUGGAACAUCAAGGCAAGAGCAGGGUGACUAUAAAAACGACACCGAGCAACAAGGUCUAUCCGUGAAGGGCAGCUACAAAUACAUCGCUCCUGAUGGUCAGACAAUCUCAGUCAGCUUCGUCGCUGACAAAAAUGGCUACCAACCCGUUGAAAACAAAGACGCCAGCCAGCCAGAAGCUUGAUAUAAUGAACCAGUACUAUCUCUCACUUAAACCAAAUAUUAUAUUAAUUAUUAUAAAAUAAGGUUACGGAUCUUGUAUUACAUAAUAAGAAUAUCUAAUAUACAAAUUUGUAUUUUAGAUAAAUGUUGUACAAUAAAUGCCAUAACUUUUCAA